AUGACUCGUUCGUCCGUUUUAGCAGAUGCUUUAAAUUCCAUUAACAAUGCAGAAAAGACCGGUAAACGUCAAGUUUUAUUGAGACCUUCCUCCAAGGUUAUCAUCAAAUUUCUGCAAGUUAUGCAAAAGCAUGGUUACAUUGGUGAAUUCGAAUACAUCGACGACCACAGAUCUGGUAAGAUUGUCGUUCAAUUGAACGGUAGAUUGAACAAAUGUGGUGUCAUUUCCCCAAGAUUUAACGUAAAGAUUGGCGACAUUGAAAAAUGGACCGCCAAUUUGUUGCCAGCCAGACAAUUCGGUUACGUUAUUUUGACUACUUCUGCCGGUAUCAUGGACCAUGAGGAAGCUAGAAGAAAGCACGUCUCCGGCAAAAUUUUGGGGUUUGUCUAUUAA